GCUUCUUGUGCCAGAAUUCAGUUGCCAUAUUGAUUUCUGUACGUUUUCAACAAAAUACAAAAGUUAUUGUUGUUCCUUUAUUGUUACCUUUCGAGUUGAACUAUUCAUUUUAAUCACAAUGUGGCCAAAAAGUCCUCGCAUUCGUCAGGGAAACCAGACUGGCUUAACCGCAGUCCCCCAAAAGGGUUCGCCAAGAGCACUCUACGCAAAAAAUCUUAUUUCGGGGCAGGCAAAGAAACGUCGCAUUUUGGGGCAGCGAAACUUGAAAAAGGAAAAUGCGUUGGCAGACAAGGAGAACAACAAGCAGUUGCUGAAUAAAUUACCCAAUGCGGUGCUGCUGACUCCUUCGUCCUCUGACAACUCGCUGACACCCACAGUUUCCAGUUCGGGUCAGUCCAACUACACGGUCAUGUCAAAGGCCAGUUUGCUCCGACAGCCCUCGUCCUUGGCCCCCUAUUUAACCCUCAAGCGUCAGCAGACCUCGGCCUUAAUCAACUUCCGGGUGCGCAAGUCUGUUUCCCAAAUGGACUUCAAGGAGGCUCGUCGCACAGGAAACUAUCGACUGGUUGCCCACGUCCCCUCGCCCACAAAGCAAAUAAAGGAGCAGCCGCAGCAAAAAGCUGGAAUCGCUGGAUUGGAGGGCAAUAUGGCCAAGUUGGUGCUACAGGAGAAUGGCCUCAUUGAGGGACAAAUGAGCUUCGUUGUUGGCCCAGAUCAGGAUGCUCGGGUAGCCAGCUUGAGGAUCUUCAACACCAUUAUGUUGCACGCAUGGCGCAGAAGGCGAGAAGAAGUGCGUCACCUCACCGAUCAGGUGGAGGAUUAUAAGAAGAGUUUUGUCAAAAAUCGCAACCAGUUGCAUGUCUACAACUCCCUCUUCUCCGUGGAAAAGCGUCGCAAUGAAACACUCAACGAUCAACUGAGGCAAUCCUAUCGUGAUAAUGCCCAAACUAAGCUCUCCUACGAGGAACUUAGCCUUAUGCUAGUGCAAGUCAGAGCAGAAAAGGAUAAACUGGCAGAGGAAAUGGCAAGCAAAGAUCAGGACAUUGAGAACCUACAGGAGAUUCAGCAGUCCCUCAAAAGCGAACUCUUUCACGUGAACAGUCAACAGCGUGAGCAACUGGAGCAAUUAACCCAACUGCAAAGGGACUACCAGGAAAGCCAGUCUGCCCAGGAUGAGCUGGUCCGUCAGCUGGAUCUGCUCCAAAUUGACUUGGCUCUCAAGAGGGACUUCAUCGAAAAGCUGCGUGAAAAUAUGGUUAAGCUGGAGGAUCUUAAAAGAGUAUCCGAUGAUCAGUACAGCGAACUGCUCGAACAGACUUUGAAACUGGAACGUUCGCUUGAAGAAAAAGAAGAGCAACUUGUAACGCUCCAGAAUUGUUUGGCUGCCACUCUUGGCCAAAGGAUCCGCCAGUGCUUCGCCCAAAGUCAAGUCUACCAACAUGCCACCUAUCGCAUGCUGCACUUUGUGGCCCAUUAUAUGCUGCCUGCCACCCCACCACCGCCCCCUUCUCUUCCAGGAGCGGUCAACAGGUUGAAAGGAUUCUUCUCAAAGACCUCUUAUAACGAUUGUGAAAAUGUUGUUGGGGUUGAAGAUUUAAAGGGAGUUGAUAAGGUCAUAGAAACAGAGGAUCAGGAGAACUCUAUUUAAUCCUUACCCCAAGUUAAUUGUUCAUUUGUUUAUAGUUCCAUUUACUAUAUACUUGAUUUAUAAUAUUUUUCUUUGUUUACAGUUGCUUCUCAAAUCAUUGUUUUCAGUAUUGUUAAAAAAGUAUUAAUAAAUAAACAUUUUAGCACUACAUAAAAGCAGGA